GGCGUCAUAACGGCGCGCCGCCCCCAGGCGUCCUCGCAAGGUCGCUUUACCUAACGGGAGCGCGCCUAAGUGACAAGACCCUAGUCCGGGGACGCGCCAUCUCCGUCUUCCUGGGUACCGGCGGCGACAUGACUGGGUACACGCCAGACGAGAAACUGCGGCUGCAGCAGCUGCGAGAACUGAGAAGGCGAUGGCUGAAGGACCAGGAGCUGAGCCCCCGGGAGCCGGUGCUGCCCCCUCAGAGGGUGUGGCCUAUGGAGAGAUUCUGGAAUAAGUUUCUGCAGGACCAGGCCCCGUGGAAGAACCUGAUCUAUAAGACAUAUCGACACAGUUUCCUUGUUUUUACUCAUAUACUUAUACCUGCUUGGAUUGUUCAUUAUUAUCUCAAAUAUCAUGUGAAUAAAAAACCAUAUGCCAUUGUUGAAAGGAAGCCCAGAAUAUUCCCGGGUGAUACAAUCCUGGAGACUGGAGAAGUAAUUCCACCAAUGAAAGAAUUUCCUGAUCAACAUCAUUGAAGAUUAAGUUAAAAUUUCAGAGGCAUAUGAGCCCAAGUUUUGUUGCUAUAUUACCAUAUUUACUGAAUAUAUUUUCUGGGAAAGUAACUUGAAUAAAGUGUACCCUUGGGUAUGUGCUCUCUGUUUCUUCCAAAACAGUGUACAAUUUAAGACGCAAUUAUUUAAGGAUAAGUAAUAACUGGACAUGCUAAAAAAAAAAUGAUAUGAGCAAUAAUCCUUUUCUGGCCAUUCUUGACUUGGAAACCAGGAUGUAGAAAAACUCACAAUAGUUUUUCUUUUUUUUCCCCUUGCAUAGUACUUAAUCUAGUCUGAUGUGUAGGUAUGCAACAGAAUAAAAUGUUGCAAUGAACAAAUAUAAGAAUAGAAAUUCCACACACUUUUGUUUUAAAGGCUGCUUUCCAAGGCAUUUUAAAAGUAUGUUAGAAACUGUAAGUUGAAAAGCAUGUCAUUCCACCUAUGAUCUGAUACUCAAAGGCUGUCAGAUCUAGGCCCCUUUCCUUUGUUGUAUAAGAAUUUAAAAGUAUUUAAGAAGUUAGCACAUUAGUGGUUCAUUGGUUAUAGUGUCCUCCCAAUACGCCAAGGUUGCGGGUUUUGUUCUCCAACCAGACAUACAAGAAGCAACCUAUGAAUGCAUAAGUAAGUGGAACAACAAAUCCAUGUUUCUCUGUCUCCCUUCCUUUCAAAAAGUCAAUUAAAAAAUGAAGGACUAUGCAAAA